AUGAAAAUGGGAAACCAAAGCAUCAUUUCAGAAUUCCUCCUCCUGGGCCUGCCCAUUGAACCAGAUCAACGAGACCUGUUCUAUGUCCUGUUCCUGGCCAUGUAUCUUACCACCGUCCUGGGGAACCUCCUCAUCAUCGUGCUCAUUCACCUGGACUCUCACCUCCACACGCCCAUGUAUUUGUUUCUCAGCAAUUUAUCUUUCUCUGACCUCGGCUUCUCUUCAGUGACCAUUCCCAAAUUGUUGCACAACAUGCAGAGCCAAGUCCCAUCCAUCCCCUACGCAGGCUGCCUGACCCAGAUGUACUUCUUCCUGCUUUUUGCAGACCUGGAGAGCUUCCUCCUUGUGGCCAUGGCCUAUGACCGCUAUGUGGCCAUCUGCUUCCCCCUGCACUACACCACCAUCAUGAGCCCCAAGCUUUGUUUCUUCCUGGUGGCACUGUCCUGGGUGCUGACAACUUUGAUCUCUUUGUUGCACACUUUGCUUAUGGCUCGGCUGUCUUUCUGUGGUGACAAUGUGAUCCCUCACUUUUUCUGUGACAUGUCAACUUUACUAAAGUUGGCCUGCUCUGACAUUCAGAUAAAUGAAAUGAUGAUAUUUAUCUUGGGAGGGCUUGUUAUUAUUGCUCCAUUCCUGUUGAUCUUUGCAUCCUAUGCACGAAUUGUGUCAUCCAUCCUCAAAGUCCCUUCUGCUAGAGGUAUGAGGAAGGCUUUCUCCACCUGUGGCUCCCACCUCUCCGUGGUGUCACUGUUCUAUGGGACGAUCAUUGGCCUCUACUUGUGCCCUUCAGCCAGCAAUUCUACUGUUAAGGAGACUAUCAUGGCUGUGAUGUACACUGUGGUGACACCCAUGCUGAACCCCUUCAUCUACAGCCUGAGGAAUCAGGACAUAAAGGGAGCCUUGCAAAGAAUCUUUACUAAGUGGACAAUUCAGUUUUCUUUGAGACAGUGA